AUGGAAGAACACGAGGCACACCCAGACACACAAGGUGAGGUUGACCUUCUCAUCCUUGAUUACCUAGUGUGCACUGCUAUCAAUGCAUUUAUCUGCACACAGCAGAGGGGAGAGCAGGGACAGGCUCAGGGCCAGAGUGCUGGCUGGCUACUCUGGACUGCCAAUAAUCUGACGCCGUCACUUGCGCAGCCCGAGACUGUCUCCCGUGACAUGACUCUCAAGCUAAAGAUUAUUGACCUCAUCAAUAUCUGCUGCCGGAACGCUUCCCAUGGUACAUCGGAUAUCGAGGUUGACUCAGUAACGCUUGAAUGCGGAGCAGGAUCUUCGAGCACAAGGACACGCCGAGGAUCUACCCUGAAUCCCAAUGGAGGAAGAUCACAGUACGAUGCAAGCAACAAGCAGGCCCUACUCUGCCAGUCUCUCUGUGCCAUUGCUCCUAGCUUCCUUUCUCUCUGUACUGUUGCGGAUGACCUCAUUGGCGAAACCGAUUGGACCGAUAUUGCAGCCCAGCUUAUGCUAAAAGCGGCUAUUGGGAAGCACCAGAUUUGCGAUGGUUCAUCAAUGAAUAUUUUCAAUGAGCAGAUGGAACAGAUACCCGAGUUUAUGAGGCGAUCAUCUAAAUGGAAGCAAGUGUCCGACAAGUACAAUGAAUAUAUACACCCACCACCUGGGAUCUCCAUGCUCACACAUAUCGAAACGACUUUGAGACAGUCGCAUCUGAAUCGGCUUGGGGAUGCGAUUAUAGAUUUCUUAUCUAUUCUCAUGAAAAAACUCUGCCCCCCGAUACUCCUACAGCUUGAAAAAGGCAAACUCCGAGGGCUAAGCCGCAAAGAAACACGAGAUCUAUUGUGUAAAGCUGGGCUGCGUUAG